AUGAUUUCAAAGAUCACAGCACCUCUUUUCCUAGCUUUGCUUUGCGCCGCUGAUGCCCAUUCAGCUCGUGUUGGAGAUAAGAAUGCACCCAUCUACGGCGAAGAAUGCUUUCUCUAUAUUUUAGAGAAUUCCGAUUGGCACCACGAAACUCUGCCCCAAAUUCUUUGCGGAGGAUAUCAGAAUGAAAUGAUUAUUUACCUGCUGGACGAAGAGCAUGAAGAUAAUCCAUGUCAAAUGGCCUUGGACUCUGUAGGCUUCGAAUCCGCAAUCUCGACGAUUAACGAGUUCCAUUUCGAGGAGUGCAUUGCUAUGGCCGACGCUGAUUUGAAGGCUGCUCUGAAUGAAAAGAUUGUUCCUGGCGAAUCGCCUCGUCAUGGUCGAGCACAUUCGGUGCAUACACGAGCUCAAGAGGAUGUGGGAACCUCCUUCUUCUCUGAAGCUUGUACCUCUUCCGUCCUUGACGAUAUUGGUUACAAUUGGCAUCACGAAGACCUUCCCUUGAAACUUUGCUCCGGAUAUCAUAAUGAAAUGAUGUAUUUUCUGGCAAAGCCAUCGGAAGAGACAGGAGGCAGUCCAUGUCAAGAUGCAUUGGAUGGUGCCGAAAUUGAUCCCGCGAUUGACUUUAUCACCAUGUUUCGUUUUGAAGAUUGCAUUGCUGAAGUCGACAAGGAAAUGGACGCGAUGGUUGCAGAUUCUUAUGGUCUUGUAGGUUCCCACCAUGGAGAAGGUCGUAGAGCGUGGUAUUGCGUUUUUCCACUUAUGUGUAAUAGUGAUGCGACUUAG